AUGCAAAUCCGGUCCAGAAAAAUGCCUUUCCCUAAAGUCCACACGCGUUGGUACACGCACUCUCUUUCUCUCUCCAAAAAGCCAACUCCCAGUUCACAAGCAUUCUCUUCCAAUUUACCAACAAUCUUCUCUUCUCUUCUCCUCUUCUCCACCCCCAAUUUGUUCUUCCCAUUCUCGUUGCCUACCAGAAACUAGAAAGAAAGAGUUGGUGUUGAUCUUGGAUAUGUCUGUGGAGUCGAGCUCUGCUCCUUCUUCAGCCGAGGGAGGCAACAUCCGAGGCAUACCCACCCACGGCGGCCGCUACGUCCAAUACAAUGUCUACGGCAACCAUUUCGAAGUCUCCAGAAAGUACGUCCCGCCCAUUCGUCCUGUGGGUCGCGGCGCUUACGGCAUCGUCUGUGCUGCUAUGAACUCGGAGACACGUGAGGAAGUUGCAAUUAAGAAGAUUGGUAAUGCAUUUGACAAUAGGAUCGAUGCAAAAAGGACACUGAGAGAAAUUAAGCUCCUUCGGCACAUGGGCCAUGAAAAUGAAAGUCUCAAAUUGAUGAACUUUCAAAGAGUUGAUGCUUGGGCAACUUGGAGGGUUGUUUCAAUCAAAGACAUCAUAAGGCCUCCACAAAAGGAAAACUUCAACGAUGUUUACAUUGUUUAUGAAUUAAUGGACACUGAUCUUCAUCAGAUCAUUCGCUCCAACCAACCACUGACUGAUGAUCAUUGCCGGUACUUUCUCUAUCAAUUACUACGAGGGCUGAAGUAUGUGCAUUCUGCAAGUGUAUUGCAUCGUGAUCUAAAACCCAGCAAUUUGCUUCUGAAUGCAAACUGUGACCUAAAGAUUGGAGAUUUUGGGCUUGCAAGGACAACAUCUGAAACAGAUUUCAUGACCGAGUAUGUGGUUACUCGCUGGUACCGUGCACCAGAAUUGCUUCUUAAUUGUUCAGAGUACACUGCAGCUAUUGAUAUUUGGUCAGUAGGUUGUAUACUUGGUGAAAUCGUAACCAGACAACCCCUUUUCCCUGGCAAAGAUUAUGUUCAUCAGCUUAGACUUAUCACAGAGCUUAUAGGUUCCCCAGAUGACACGAGUCUUGGGUUUCUCCGAAGUGAGAAUGCCCGGAGAUAUGUUAGACAGCUUCCACAAUACCCAAGGCAACAAUUCUCUGCUAGAUUUCCCACUAUGUCUCCUGGAGCUAUGGAUUUACUAGAGAAAAUGCUUGUCUUCGACCCUAACAAGCGCAUAUCAGUUGUUGAGGCUCUGUGCCACCCAUACUUGGCACCUCUUCAUGAUAUCAACGAGGAGCCUGUUUGUCCUAGGCCUUUCAGUUUUGAUUUUGAGCAGCCAUCGUUUACUGAAGAGAACAUCAAGGAGCUCAUAUGGAGGGAAUCAGUAAAAUUCAAUCCUGACCCCCCGAUUCACUAAGGAGCACGGGCUUGUAUCGUAUCAUUUGCAUACAGAUAGAUGUCGGGCCCGAUUACCUUGUAUACCAUAUUAAACGCGUAAAGAUUCUCAUUCCCCUUUCCUCUAUCCUUGUGCUCUGUGUACAAAGGAGCUGAAGUAAAACUUGCUAGAAGCUUCCCUCUUGAAAUGCAUUGCCAAUUCAUUGUUGGUAGUAGCAGUUGCUUAUUAGAUCUUUGCCCCCUAGGAUUUUCCUUGACUUGUUAAAUGGGAUGAGAGAUGGACAAAAUGUGUGGUUAAUGGUGUCUUUCUAUCGAUGUUAUAACUUCACCAUUGUUGUAGAAAUCCAUUAAUUACAUUUGAGAAUCCUUUUAGAC